UCCCGGCCCCCUCCUCCAAGUUCAAUCCACACACAAUCAAAUCGAUGUUUAUACUGUCGUUUGGUAACUCUGAUUAAUCAUUAUUAUUAUUCCUCUAAUCGUCGUUUUAUUUUCGCUAAUUUCUUCAAUUUAUCCUUUUGAUUUUGUUUCGGUUUGCUCAACGUCGUUGUUAGGGUUUUGAUCCGAUUACGAUUCGCUAUUCCAAUUCUCGCUCUCGCUCUAUUUGCUGAGUUAUAUAUUAAGCGGCAAUACUCCUUUAAUCUUCAGGGUCUGGCGUGUUACUGCAGUUAGGAUAUACGAAUUUGCUUUAUAAGCAUCAAUAUGGGACAUUGCUUGACUAAGAAUCAACAAGACAAAGACGAGUCUGAUCAUCAUGUUGAUUUUGCUGGUGCAAAUGUGACUGUCAUUACUACCAAAGAGAGCUGGGACCAAAAGCUAUCAGAAGCUAGUAGAGAUGGCAAGAUUGUGGUUGUAAACUUCAGUGCUACAUGGUGUGGUCCUUGUAGAAUGAUGGCACCAUUUUAUCGUGAGCUAUCCGAGAAGUACCCUUCUUUAAUGUUCCUGGUGGUAGAUGUUGAUGAACUAAUUGACUUCAGCACUUCAUGGGAUAUCAAAGCCACGCCUACUUUCUUCUUCCUUAAAGAUGGGCAGCAAGUUGACAAGCUGGUGGGAGCGAACAAGCCAGAGCUACAGAAGAAGAUAAUUGCUGCUUCAGACUUAGUUCCGCACGUUCAAAAUUAAUUGUUAUAAUCAAUGUCUCUGUUUCAGCCAGAGGCCAGUGGCCCUUGUAGGUAUGUUGAAUGGUUGUUUGAGUACUUCAUUGUGAGAAUUUUUCAUUUGUAUAUUAAUGCAAUUUUCAUGUAAAAAUUAGGAAUGCGUAUGGCAACUUUAUCCCUGUUUUUGUGGACUGUUGAAUUAGGAAUGUAAGAGUUAUUUUCAUUGCAACUAUUUAGCCAUUUAUAUUGUG